AUGGGAGACCCCCGAGUAAUUCUGGACGCAUCCCGCGUCUUCGACAAGGAGAUGGUGGCCAUACUGGACUCCGUGAUCGACGCGAUGUUCGAUUCGGGUGCCGGCCACAACAGGGAGGCGGCGCACAAGCUGCUCGAGCAGUUUCGAACCAUGCCGGACAGCUGGAAGCACGUGGUGGCCAUUCUGUCGCACUCUACCAACGCGAACACGAAGUUCUUCGCGUUACAGGUCUUGCAGGGAUGCAUCCAAACGCGUUGGAACGUCCUGCUGCCGGAGGACCGAUUGGGGAUUCGUCGUUACGUUUCGGAGAUGGUGAUAAACAUAAGUAUGGACGAUGAGGCAUGCCAGCGCGAGCGCCAUUUUCUCACGAAGCUGAACGAGACUCUGAUCCAAAUCGUCAAGCGUGAGUGGCCGGACCGCUGGGAGGGGUUCAUCUCGGAAAUUUGCCGUGCCUCACAGAUCUCCCAGAGUCUGUGUGAGAACAAUAUGCGGCUGCUGAACAUGCUGAGUGAGGAGCUCUUUGAUUUUGGGGAGGACCACAUGCAGAGCCGCACUGUGCAGCGGCUAACCGCCCGCAUGGCGAGUGACUUCCGGGACAUUUUCGAUGUGUGCAUCUUCGUGAUGCACAGUGCCAUCAGCAACCCAGAGGCAGUGAGAGUUUCGCUGAUCAAACAAACUCUGACGUGUCUGGCUCACUUUUUGAAGUGGAUACCCAUGGGUUACAUCUUCGAGCAGUACACGCACAACAACGUUGGGGUGGUGCUGAUCGACCUUUUGCUGGAUCACUUUUGGGACACUGUGUUGUACAGGGUGGAAUGCACCAAAUGCCUCACUGAGAUUGCGAGUCUUUCGCUGUCAUCGCAGGAAAUGCAAGUCUUCGGGCCCCGGGUGGCAUCCAUGUGGCCGAAGAUCGUCUCCAAGAUGUCGAUGCUGCCCGAAAGUUCAAUGAACUACGACGACCCAGCUCAGGUUUCGCCGAACAUGCGCCUCUUCUGGGAAACCUUCUACACUCAGUUUAGCAUAUUCUGCACGAACUUUUUGAAAAACUUCCGCGAGUCCAUCGUAGAGCGUGACCCAAACAACCAGCAGUCACUGCUCUUCGUCAUGGAGCGCCUGGUCAGGAUCACUGACAUAAACCACGAGGAGACCUUCAAGAUCUGCCUCGACUACUGGCACUUAUUUGUUACUGCCAUCUCCCGUGAGGUGAAGGAGCAGCAGCGCCGCCAAGCGGCCGAUCGGGGCAUAAUCAUACCAGAGGAUGGUGGCGAGGAGACAUUUAGUCGCUCCGCCCUGAACCUGAAUUCCUCCUACGAGACCGGGCGCCUCCCGGUGUAUCGCAACGUGUUGGGGGAGUUGCAGAAGGUACUGAUAAAGCGCAUGGCCAAGCCGCAGGAGGUCUACAUUUUGUACGACGCGGACGCUUGCGAAGUCACCAGGGAGUACAACCCCAACACCGCCGAAAUCGCGUUGUACAAUCGCAUGAAAACGGACCUGAUCAUGCUGGCCACGCUGCUCCAGGAGGAUACCGAGCGCAUCAUGAUGGAGGUACUCGACCACGAGAUGGAGAUUGCGAACGCAGGUGGCCGGAAGCAUACGUGGGACCCGACCAUUCUGAAUCGUCUGUGCUACAGUGUCGGUUCUAUAUCGGGCGCGAUGGACGAACUUGUGGAGAAGCGCUUUUUGGUGCUCAUCAUCAAGUGCCUGUUGAACAUCUGCGAGGUUAAGACCGCCACUGAGGACAAGGCUAUCGUGGCGUCCAAUAUCAUGUACGUCGUGGGCCAGUACCCGCGUUUUUUGAAGCAGAAUUGGAGGUUUUUGUACACUGUGCUGAACAAGCUCUUCGAGUUCAUGCGCGAAACCUUCCCUGGCGUGCAGCAAAUGGCCUGCGAGACCUUCCUAAAAAUCACAAAUUCGUGCAAGAGGACUAUAGCGUCGCAGACGAUGAACGAUCAGCUGUAUCUUUACGAGCUUAUCCAGCUGCGAGACCCCAUGACUGCGGUGCUCGACGAGAAACUCAUUUUGUGGUACUACGAAUCUGUGGGCAACGUGAUUUCCGCUGUUGAGAUGAAGCUGCGCGACAACUUCAUAUCGCAGCUAAUGAGCCGUUGCAACAUCGAGUGGCAAGAUUUGUUGGCACAGGCGUCGCACCCCAACCUGCUGACGACUGACCCCAACGUGUGGCGCGAGCUGCAGGGACUUCCCAUUUACCAGGUUGACAAAACACGCGCCAUCAUCCAGAUCCUGCGUGUGAACAACCGCGUGGCCAAGAGCACCGGUUUCUCCUACACCACUCAGCUGAUGCUGAUCUACCCCGGCAUUAUCCACCUCUACAACGUCUACUCCUGCGCCAUCCAACAUGCUGUGCAGGCGGCAGGACCAAGUUGCCUGAAGCAUAACAACAUCAACUUGAUGCACCUGGUCAAGCGUUCGAUCUUGCACUUGUUGGAGACAUACAUUUCGCAUUUGCCGAACAAGUUGACACGAUCUCUGGCGGACUCUCCGGUCACUAUCGCAUCCUCAGGCCAGAGUGGCCAAUCAGUUGACGAAGACCUGACAGACAUAGGUGCCAUGGAGGACUUGACCGUCCGCAACUACAACGAGGUGCUGAAGGAGCUGGUUAGCUCCAUCACGUCGACGGUGCUCGCGGCGUACCGCAACUCCAUGGCCGAGACCAGGGACCACGAGGUCAUAUGUCUCGUGACGACUCUCAUUGAGAAGUUGGGAAACAACGGCUCCGCCGUUCUUCCACAGAUUUUCGAGCAAAUCUUCGACUGCACGCUAGACAUGGUCAAGCAAGACUUCCACAGCUUCCCGGAACACAGAGAGCAGUUCUACGAGAUGCUGCAAAAGUGCACGAAGCACUGCUUCGAGGGCAUUCUUAUGCUGCCCAGUGAACGCCUGCGUGCGUACGUGAUGUCGCUUAUUUGGGCCUUCAAGCACGAACACCCUGCCGUGGCAGAAAAGGGUCUGGUGGUGGUGCGAGAGUUCUUGAACAACCUGAUGUUGCUCGAUCGCCGACAGGAACGCAACCCCCGCCAGCCCGGUUCGAUGCCGGUUUCAGUCGUGCUCAGCUUCUGCCAGAGCUACUACUAUAUGCUGCUGAAGGAGAUCCUUGGGGUUCUCACUGACACUUUGCACAAGUCUGGAUUCCGUCUCCAGACGGAGAUUCUGCGCGUUUUGAUUCGUUUCUUCGAGUGUGGAACGAUCAACGACCCCGGUUCCGAGUUGACUCGCAUGCACGUUAUGCAGUUCCUGGUGGGAGUUCUCGGACGCAGCUUCGCCACCCUCCACGUCAAGCAGGUCGAGGCGUUCGUAGUCGACCUGUUUAACUUUGCUGGAGAGACCAUUGCAGAACAGGCAGACUCUUUGAGCCCCAACGGCCAGCCUCUCAAGUUCCAGACCCACGUGAAGGACUUCCUGCUGUCGCUGAAGGAGUUCGCGGGGUCGGGAGAGGAGUUCGAGCGCAUUUUCGAGCAGGACCGCCAGAACGCGAUUCAACGCGCGCGCAUCAUCGAGGAGCGCAAGCUGCAACUGCAGGCUGCCAAGGAGGUCACCUUAGACUAG